CCGCCUUCCUGGAGACAGGAGCAGAAUGGGGAUGGGACAUGGAAUAUGAAGCAAAGAAAGUGAAAAAGGUAUGAAAAAGGGGUUUGUGUCUCCCAUCAAGCGGCUGGUUUUCCCAAAGGCGGCUCGGAGGCAGGCCAUCAAGAACACCGUCUGCCGGCGCCCGUUGCAUUCCGUCCCGUUGUAUCCCCCAGACUAUCUCAUUGAUCCCCAUAUCCUCCUACACGACUAUGUGGAAAAGGAAGUGAAGUUUUUAGGCCACCUGACCUGGGUGACAACUUCCUUAAACCCCUCCAGCCGUGAUGAGCUGCUGCAGCUGCUGGAUACUGCGAGGCAACUGAAGGAGCUUCCGCUGAAGACGACCCCAGAGCAGGACAGCAUCCUGAGCCUCUCGGCACGCUGCUUACUCCUCACCUGGCGGGAUAACGAGGAGCUCAUCUUGAGAAUCCCCACCCACGAAAUCGCUGCCGCCUCCUACCUGCGGGACGAUGCGCUGCACCUCUUGGUGCUCAAAACAGGCUUAGGUGUGGACCCAGUUCCUGCAGCCGCAGGGGGUAGCCUGGACCCUUAUCCCGGAAGUAUGUUGGAUAAGAAGUUCCCCGGAGGACCCUCUGAAAAGAGAGUGAUGGAGCCCAGGCAGCUAGGGGCAACCACGGAGCGGCGACACACCAUCUGCAGCUUGGACUGGAAAAUGGCUCGGAGUGGGCAGGAGGGGAGGCCCAGUGGGGGAGGCAGCCUGGAGAGAAAGCAGGGUGGGGGGAGCUGGGAGAAGAGGCAGGGGCACGGAGGCAGGCCCUUUGGGAGCUGGGAGCGCCGGCAGACCUACAGCGGGAGCUGGGAACGCCGCCCUGCAGGCAAACCUGGGGGCAGCUGGGAGUGCAGGCAGGCAAGCAAGCCUGGGGGCAGCUGGGAGCACCGGCAGGCCUUCAGCGGGAGCUGGGAACGAGGCAAGACCUGCGGCAGCUGGGAGCGCAGGAACACGGGGAGCAACCCCCUGGACCCGAAGGAGCCGAGCCCGGAGGCCUACUGCAACCUCAUCAUCCUGGCCGUGACUAACAGGGACGCAGCUGAGGAAUCCUGCGCCCUCAUCUGCCAGGUUUUCCAAAUAAUCUAUGGGGACCAGACCAUUGAGUGUGUGGACCGGGCCGGCUAUCACUACACAUCCACCCCAAAGCGUCCGUGGCUGUCCAGCCGCAGCGAGAGCUGCCGGACAGAUGGGACAUACGCGUACGAUGCUGAUUUCAGCUGCUGCAGCUCCUUCGACGGCUCUCACGACACUUUCGAGGCCUACCGCAGUGGCGGCUCUUCCCCCUCGUUCCGCCAGUCGCACCACAGCCUGGCGACAGCCUGCAGUGGGAGCGACCAGAGCAGCGCAGGACUGGAGCAACUGCAGGACUACAUGAUCACGCUGAGAAACAAGCUGACCCCACAAGAAAUCCAACAAUUUGCCUUAUUGCUUCGGGAAUACCGAAUGGGCUUGGCCGUGGAAGCCUACUGUGCCGGACUCCUCCAGCUCUAUGGAGACAAACGGAAGUUUCUUCUCUUGGGCAUGCGGCCGUUCAUCCCCGAUCAGGAUAUCGGCUACUUUGAGAGCUUCCUGGAGAACAUCGGCAUCCGAGAGGGAGGGAUCCUGACCGACAGCUUUGGGCGCAUCAAGCGGAGCAUGAGCAACACCUCUGCCUCGGCCGUGCGCAGCUACGACAGCUGGUCCCUGCGCUCUGAUUCGGAGUCCUUCAACCGCAUGAUUACGGAUAUCACUCAUGACAUCGAGGCCCUUGCACGGGAUGAGGAGGAGGAAGAGGACGAUACGGAUGAUGACGAUAACUAUCUGUGAGGACGCGGCCCGAGGAGGAGGAGAACUGGCCCAAGCUGUGGAGGGGCUGGCGACAGCUCUGUGGAUCUGUCUACCGAGAAGACAAGUGCAGGGAAACAGAUGAGUCAGUCUGUCCAUGCUGCGGGCAUAUACCAGCUGCCCCUUCCUCUUCUUCCACCCACCCACCCACCCACACAUAUGGAGCUGCCUUAGGCAGAGUCAGACCCUCAGCCCAUCAAGGUCAGUCUGAUGGACAGCAGCUCUUCAGGGUCUCAGGUGGAGGUCUUUCACAUCACAUGGUCCUUUAGCUGGAGAUGCUAGGAUUGCACAUGGCACCUUCUGCACGCCAAGCAGAGGCUCUUCCACACAGCCAUGACCCCUCCCACUUUUGAAACUGCUUUCCCAUCUGUCCCAGCUCUGAUCUGCUCUCUCUCUUUCUGCAGCUCAGGUGCCUCCGCCAGUCACCUGGACUCACCUUUGUAGCAUUCAUCUGGAUGUCAGCAAAAACAAACUAGGUUCUAGUGACACCUUAAGACGAACAAUUUACGUAUUUAUAUAGCACGAGCUCUAGUGAAAUAGACCUCCCUUCAUCAGAUGUAGUGGGUCCUCAUUAGGCAGGCAUUUAUAUGAGAUUAUGAAAAUCAAAGAAACAGUAGAAUGCAAAGGCCGUGAAAUGGCUACCUAUCAGUUACCAUGCUCAGUUCAAGGUAUUGGUUAUUACAUACAAAGCUCUUCACAGCCUUGGUCCGGCAUACCUACAGGACCGCCUCCCUGCCUAUGUCCCUCCACGGCAGCUUCGCUCAUCUGAACAGGGUCUCCUGCAGGUGCCACCCAGCAAAUGGGUGAAAUCAACAGCAGCCUGUACAUGGACUUUCUCUGUGGUGGCCCCUACCCUGUGGAACGGCCUGCCUGAGGAGGUCAGGAGAGCCCCCACUCUUCUGGCUUUCUGCAAGCAAUGCAAAAACUGUGGUUGUUGUGGGUUUUCCGGGCUGUAUUGCCGUGGUCUUGGCAUUGUAGUUCCUGACGU